AUGCCAAAUGGCACUGAAAGGCCAACUGCCUAUGCAAGCCAAAGUCUUAGUGAAACGCAACAACGUUAUGUUCAGCUUGAUAGAGAAGCCUUAGCUAUCGUCUGGGGUAUCAAACGUUUCUUUCAGUGCAUUUACGGUCGCUUAUUCACCCUCAUCACAGAUAAUGAACCAUUAUCACACAUAUUUGCUCCUGAUUCAUUAUUGCCAAAAUUUACUUUAUCUCGAUGCUCAAAUUAUGCCAGUUAUCUCACUAACUUUACUUAUAAUGUCAAAUUUAGACCCUCAAAACAGAAUGCCAACGCUGAUUACCUCUCUAGAAGUGUCAAUGGCAACUAUGAUCCUACUGAUGAUCUUCCAGACCACUUCCACUCUUUUGUAUCGGCGCAAAUUGAUCAAUUGCCCCUCAGCACAGAAGCUAUCGCUUUUGAAACUCAACAAGACCCAGAGUUGUCUACACUCUUCCAAGCUCUUGAACAAGGUAAAGACCUCAAAACUCUUGGGUUCAAAGGGAAUCAGCUGGAAUACUCUAUUGUUCAAGGAUGCUUGAUGCUCGGACAUAGGGUCGUCAUCCCUCAUAAAUUUCGUCAGAAAUUAUUGGAUGAACUGCAUCUCGCCCACUUGGGAAUCACCAAAAUGAAAGGCAUUGCUCGCUCCAUCAUCUACUGGCCUGACAUCGACAAAGACAUUGAAAGUAUUGCAAAAUCUUGUAUUCCAUGCCUCGAGAAUUCAAGAAUGCCACCCAAAUGUAAUAAUCAUGUUUGGGAAUAUCCAAAAAAACCCUGGGAACGUGUUCAUGCUGAUUAUGCUGGACCAAUUUUUGGCAAAUUUCUUCUGAUUGUUGUUGACGCAUUUUCAAAAUGGACAAAAAUCUUCAUCACAAGCUCUACAACUAGUGAAAAAACUUCUGAACUGUUGUUUGAUUCCUUCGCAGAAUUUGGAAUUCCAGACAUGCUUGUAACGGAUAAUGGUCCUCAAUUCACCUCCGCUGAGUUCCAAUCCUUCCUCACCAAUCAAGGGGUUAGAUUCCACAGAAGAAUCGCACCCUACCACCCAAGUACAAACGGACAAGCAGAACAAUAUGUGCAAUCAGUGAAACAAGCUCUCAGAGCUAUGAAUACUACUCCAAAGACACUUCGGCUCUGCUUAAACAAAUUUUUAAUGCACUAUCAUCGUGCUCCUCAUCAAACCACUGAAGUUCCUCCAUCAUCUCUUUUCUUAAACAGAAUCAUAAGAACAAAACUUGACAUCAUCUCACCACUCUCUGAAUCACACUUAAGUCCUACAGAGGAAAAUCUCGAAGAACGCUCCUCCUCAAUAGACCUCAAGAAUCCGUCUGUUUCCAGUCAAGCCUCUCCAAAAGGUUCCCUUCGUUCUUUCCAAGCUGGAGAUACGGUUCUUUUUCGAACAUAUAAUUCAAAAAUCAAGUGGUUAAAGGGUACAAUCGCAGUUAAACUAGGCAAACUUCAUUAUUAUGUUGAUCAUCAAGGCACUCAACAUAAACGUCACAUCGACCAACUUCUACCUUUUCACUCCAACUCUACCGCCUCAGUACAACCUCGUCGAAUAAGAUUUCUUGAUGAAAUUCAAGUUGUAACACAAGAAUCUCCUACCAAACAGCGCUCAAACUUCAGUGGUAGCUCUCCUCGCAAACAGCCUCCUGUACAGAUCAUCCAAAAUCCAGUACCAACAGAACUAUCUACUCUACCAACAAACUCACAAACGUCUCAGAACUCUUCUCAGCAACAAGGCACUCAAGCAUGUCAAGACUCCUCACAAUCUCAACGUACUCCAGAAUCUCAAACAAGCCGAAGCUCUCCGCAAGUUCAAAGUCAACCAAGUAAUGAUCGGUCUCCGCCCAAGCAACGAUCUCCAAUCUCUCUACAAAGGUCAAACAAUGCUCUAGUCACCCCAACCAGUCAAGCAAGACGUCUUAAUGUCAAAUCUCCUGAAACAUUCUUUACUCCAGAUGAAACAGCAGUUGUUAUUACUUUAGAUGAAUCACCGCCUGUAAGUACAAAUCGUACCCCACUAUCUAGUGUAUCUCGACCCCCCUUAAUAGGUAGGGGAGGAGCAAUAAUUAGAAAAUCUAUCAGACCAUCCAAACCUCCAGAUCGGUAUACUCCACCUUAA